AUGGAGGGCGAUGGCUUUUUCUGGCUGCUGCAGCAGCAGCGGGACGCCAAAAAUCAGCUGAAGCAUGAUCGAGGCUCCAAGGCAGCUCCAGGAGCGGAACAAGACAGCGCCGCAGCGGGGAAGCCCGCCUUGGCCGACACGGCGGCCGUGCUGCACGCCCUGGCAUGCAGUGCAGCAGACGUCCCCGCAUUCCUGGAGCGGCGCGGACUUGCGGAGCAGGCGGCGGGCGAGGCGCUGCAGGUAGCGUGCAGCGAGGCUCUGCUGGCGGUGCUGCUGCCACGCCGUGCUAGGGAUGCCAGCCAGCCCGCAAGCAGCAGCCCGGCUCCUGGAUCCGAGGAAGCAGCACAGGACGAAGGCGAGGUGGGCUCCGAUGCGGCGCCAGCAGCGGCAGCCGGCGGCCAUCCCGACGCGCCCAGCAGCCCAUCACUGAGCCAAAGCGGCAGCGAGGAUGAGCCACCCUACAUCCUGUGCAGCCAAGGCGCGCCGGCAGCAGCAGCAGAAGCAGAGGAAGCCGGGGUUCAGGCUCAGCCAGAGGGAGCAGGCGCCGGGCCGGAUGCGCGGCAGCUUGCCCGGUCUAGCGGCAGCAUGGAUGUGUGGGAGCAGGCGGGCGAGGCGGUGGCGGUGCACGGCCUGGCGGCAGUCACGGCUCGCCUGCUGGAGCUGGGGGCAGACGCCAGCUACGUGCGGCCGCGGGAUGGGGCCACCCCGCUGGUGGCUGCGCUGGCGGGGGGGCACCUGGCGGCUGCCGGCGUCCUGCUGGAUGCAGGCGCCCAGCCAGACCCGCCCGCCAGGGCAGCCGCCGCCGGGGUGCCACCACCCCCGCCGGCCUCCCCCCCUGCCCUCGCCAAUGGCAGCCGCGCAGCCAAGCGCAAGCGCGAGGAGGAGGCUGCUGCUGCUGCGGCAGCGGCGGCGGCAGCGGCCCCCGCAGCGGGUCAGGCCGGCGGCGGCCAGCCUGCCGCUGUGGAGGGGCAGCCCACGCCGCUAGUGCUGGCUGUGGCUGCUGGCGCCGCGCAGCUGGUGGACCGCCUGCUGGCGGUGGGUGCGGAUCCCAACCGCGCCUGCACCGCGCGGCUGGCAGGCAGCCAGAGGAGCGUGGCGCUCACCCCCCUGGUCGCCGCCGUCGCCUCCGGGCGAGCGGGCGUGGUGAGCCGGCUGCUUGCGGCGGGCGCCGACCUGCACCAAAAGUGCGCCGCCACGCCCGGUGGCGGCGGCGGCGCCGACUGGACCAGUGCCCUGAGCUCCGCGGUGCUGAGCGGCAGCGCGGCCAUGGUGCAGCUGCUGGUGGGGGCGGGCGGCUGCGCGGGGCGGCGCGGCGGCGUGCACGUGGGGCGCGACCACCCCGCGCUGCGGGCGGUGGCGCUGGCGGCGGCGCACGGCCGCUGCGACAUGCUGGACCUGCUUUACCCGCCGCUGGCGGCGGCGCUGCAGGGCGGCUCCGCUGCCAUGCUGGGGUCCCUCAAGCGCCGCACAGCCCUGCACCCGCUGGCGGCCGCCGCCGAGCGCGGCCACCUGGCGGCGGUGGAGCGGCUGCUGGAGCUGGGGGCGCCGCCAGGCCACGACGGCAGCGUGGCGGCGGGCGUGCCGCAGCACACGCCCCUCAUGCUGGCCGCCGCCAACGGGCAUCUGGAGGUGAUGAGGCGGCUGCUGGCGGGGGGGGCUUCCCCCGUCAAGACAAACAGCCAUGAACAGAUGGCAGCGGCGCUGGCGCUGCAGCGGGGCCAGCUGGCAGCGGUGGGGCUGCUGCUGCGGCACACUGGCGAGGUGCAGGCGGCGCAGGCAGAGCAGCAGCCAGCCACGCCGGCGGCGGCGGCAGAAGCAGGGGGCGCCGCGGCGGCGGCGGCAUCGGCAGCCCCGCCGCGAGCGGCCGUAGCGCGAGCAGUGCCAGGCGGUGCAGCAGUCCCGCCUCGCCCGCAGCUAGCCAACGCCAGCAAAGCCUGGCAGCUGGGCUUUGCGGCCGGCAUGCUGCCGCGCCAGCGCCCGCUCACCCUGGCUGCCAUGGAGCAGGAGCGGCAGCGCUACCAGCUGGUGCUGCUGGCCCUGCUGGAGGCGCACGGCGCGGGCGGCGGCGCCGACAGCGGCGCGGCGGCCCGCGUGCGCCAGCUGGCCGCCCCCGCCUCGCUGGCUCACGCCGCGGCCGGCAGCGAUGCGCUGCUGGCUGCGCUGCUGGCCUGCGGCGCCAGCCUGGGCUGUGUGGACCCCUCUGAUGGCAGCUUCCCGCUGCUGGCAGCCUGCUACCACGGCUGGGCGCCCAUGCAGCGCCUGCUGUCCCGCGGGGCCGACAUCAACCAAGGCGACAGCGGCGGCGGCACGGCCCUCAUGCUCAUGGCCUCGCGGCCGGGCAUGCUAGCGACGGCGCAGCAGCUGCUGCGCUGGCACGCGCAGCUGCCGCGCGGGGAGCGGCGGCUGGACCUGCUGCGGCGCAACGCGGCGGGGCGGGAUGCGCUGGGCGUGGCCAUUGCCGCCAAGAACAGGCGCUUUGCUGAGGAGCUGCUGGAGCACUUGAUAGCGCAGCAGGCGGCAGAGGCGUCAGCGGCCAGAGCAGCGGCAGGAGCAGGGGCGGCGGACCCUACAGCACCAGUGCCGCCUGCAGCGUCCUCGUCGGUGGCCGGCAGGGCAUACGAGCUGUUGGCAGCUCUGGGCGCCAGCUGCCUGGCGGACAUCAACCGGCCCGGCAGCGAUGGGCAGCACCCGCUGAUGGCGCAGGUGCAUGCCGGGUCCCGCAAGCAGCUGCGCCAGGUGCUGGCGCUGCCUGGGCUGGACAUCAACCCGCGCGACGCAUGCGCCCGCACGCCGCUCAUGCUGGCAGCGGGGAAGCGGCAGGUGGCGCUGGUGCAGGAUAUAUUGGCCACAGGGAGAGCAGAGGUGGAUGCCCGGGACAGCAGCGGCUGCACCGCGGCGCUGAUGGCGGCGCGGGCCGGCGACGCCGCUGUGCUGCGCGUGCUGGUGGAGGCUGGAGCGGACCUGGGCUGCGCUGACAGCGAGGGCACCACCCCGGUGAUGGCGCUGGCAGCCCAGGGCCAGCACAGGCUGCUGGCGGAGCUGGUGCGGGGCCGGCAGCCCGCCUGCCUCGACUGCCAGGACCGCCGCGGCUGGGCCGCGCUGCACCACGCCGCCGCCGCAGGCCACUUCAAUGCGGUCAAGGUGCUGCGCAGCUCCGGCGCCGACCCUGGGCUGCGCACCGCGGACGGCGCCCAGACGGCGCACGACCUGGCCUGCCAGGCGGGGCACACCCUGUGCCUGCCGCUGCUGCAGGUGCCGGCCCAGGCGGAGCCGCGGCAGGGCUGA